UUGAAGAAAGAUGGGCCAAUUGUAACGCCUGUCUUUUAUAAAACCGGACGAAGGUGUCGGGGGAAGAAAGAGUACUCGCCGGAGCUAUGAUGGAUUCUUCUUCUGCUUCCUCUGCCGGAGUUACAGGCUUAACUAGCGAUGAUAGUCGCUCCUACAGCUCCGGCGGGAUUCCCUUCAUCUCGUCCUGGACCACCGCCGUCUCCCAGCGAUACCAGUACUACCUCGACAAGGCGACACCGUUUGUGCUCCGGCGAUGGCUCUCCUUUGGCGUGGUGGCGCUCAUCUACCUCAUCCGAGUCGUUGUUCUUGAGGGAUUCUACAUUGUUUCUUACGGCCUAGGCAUCUACGUUCUCAACCUGUUCAUUGCCUUCCUGUCGCCCCAGGUGGAUCCCGAGAUGCAGCAGCUCUUAGAUGGCGAUGGGCCUUCGCUGCCGACCCGAGCUUCUGAUGAGUUCCGUCCUUUCGUUCGUCGGCUUCCGGAAUUCAAGUUCUGGUAUUCCAUGACAAAAGCCUUCGUUAUUGCUUUCUUCAUGACAUUCUUCAGCGUAUUCGACGUGCCUGUUUUUUGGCCAAUUCUGCUCCUUUACUGGCUGGUGCUAUUCACAGCAACAAUGAAGAGACAAAUACUUCACAUGAUUAAGUACAGAUACGUUCCCUUCACCUUCGGAAAGCAGCGUUAUGACCGAAGGAGAGCAGCUACUGCUGAAGAUGAUGGGGCUUCUAGUAGCUCGGCCUAAUGCCUUCAUAUUUAUAGUAAGCUAAACACUAAACAGCCUAUAAUUAUUGUCUUAAUGAUGAGUCUUAGACUAAGGCUCUCUUCUGUCCUGAAGAAAGCCUAUAAUUAAUGCGAAAAACCAUCGUAUUUUGCUAAUAUAAUGCAUGAUUAGGGAUAUACUUUGUAGUUAAUUCUGCAAUUUUCAUGAUUUGGUUCUAUUUUGUUCGGGUUUGA